GGCACCUGUCGCGAAACUAUCACCUGCGCUUUGCCUCGGAUUUACCUGUUGAUUCAAAAUGCGUCAGUGAUCCUGCCGUCCAGUUGUAUCUACACGCCAACUCAUCAAUAACCAUGAAGAGGGGGCCGUUGAAUUUUCUGGGUCGGAAGAAUCAGUCUCUUUUCGACACCAAUAUCAAAAUCAAGGACAUGGAAAAUGUAGAGCUGGUGCUGAAGCCAUCGGCAAUCCCCGAGUCAGGAACUGCCAGUGUGCGGGCCAGACCCACCGUCAAGCAUCAUGCUUUCUCAUCAGAGAGUUUUCAAGGGUUUGCCGUCCCAACACCCAAAGUCCCCCUCCUCCCCUCUAUCAACGGUCAAAAGAUCAACAGUUCAGUUGGUGGAGAUCACCUUUCCAAUGGAUCUGUUAGAUCUGUGCCUGACCUCGGAGAGGAAGGCAUAUUUGUUCCUCCUCCUCCCGCUAUGGCUCCUCCACCCCCUCCAGGGACUUUUAUCCCUCCACCAGACUUCAUGGGUGACCUGAACAGUCUAAAUGUGGCAACCCUUCCCUCUCCAUCCAUGCCCGAUCCAAAACCGAUCUCACUGGGACCUUUCAUUGAGGGGGAAGACUUAACCUUCAUAAAACCGCCACCAAUGGCUCCACCAAAGCCUCCGCCAAAGCUUCCAUCUACUAGCUCCAGUGGCUCUGUAUCAUCCGGACCCAUUUCCAGUCCACCGCCAGCCAAAGUUCCUGAGCGUCCAACAUUUUCCCCACCCAUGCCUCCUUCUGAAAGGCAACUCAAGAACCCACCUCCAAAACCCAUUAGACUGUCCUCUAUAUCCAACUUUGACUCCCCACCAGGGACUCCUGCCCCACCUCCUCCCGUGCAGACAGCCAGACUGUCCAGUUUCAAUCCCCAAAAUGCAGCAAAACUUUACCAUGUUCCUCAGACCUCAAUUCUCAGUGGGUAUGAAGAGCAUGACAAAAGACGCACGCAGAUGUUACUCCUGGAAGAUUCUGUGUCCGUUGACUCGGUCCCAGUUCUUGUCCAGGUGGAUGGGAAAGUCCCUAAAGUGGCUACACCGUAUAAACCAGCUCCCAAAAUUGUAGAGGAGCUGAAGGAGAACUUACAAAUUACCCAACCCUCUAAAUCACCGCCUCCUGAGCCAAAAACUGAGGCUAAAAAAGGAACAGUUUCAGUACAGCCCAAAGAAGACCAACCCCUCCAGACUCCACAACAGACUUCACCACAGCUGCUGAAACUAAAUGGUAGUCGGGUGAAUUCAGAGCCCAUCAGGGACAAAUAUGUAGGAUCUCCAAGUCAAAGUCGUAGAUUCAGUCCAAUAUUAGAUCAUAAACUGCGCAACCUGAAGAGUGGUGAAACCAACGGGGCACGAGAUGGACCUGCAGCAUCCCCGCUGGCUCUAUUAUUGGCAGCUAAAGAAAGAGACAAACAUAAAUCGAGUCACCCUCUGUCGCGGGAAAACAGCGGCAAGAUGAUUGCGCAGCCUAGUGCAAGCAUUCACCCGAGUGACACUCGUCCCAAUUCAUUUAUUGUCACCCCAAGGUCCAGCUCAUCCUCUUCUCUAACAUCUCUAGAAAGAAUACAGGAGAGUCUAAUGUCUGUCAGUCCUGUGGACGAUACGCAAACAAUUCAGGAUCCAGUCAAAUCCAGUAGUCCUGCUCUAGUCAGGGAUGUGAUGCCAUCCGUCAGUAGGACGGCUGCAUCCCCAAGUACGACCAACCUGGUUGUGCAGAAGUUAAAGGCAUCGCAAAGCCCCUCAAAUUAUCAACACACACAGCCUGAGGACUUAAGUAUGGCAUUACUCCCUCCGCCACCAGAGUUUGAUGAUUUUGACGGGGUUAUGGAGCCGCCUCCUUCCGUCCCAACACCUGACCCUCCCAUGAAAAUGGCACCAACAGUAAAUGAGAUCCCUCUCCCUCCAUCUCAUGUUCCCCCUCCUCCAUCUCAUGUUCCCCCUCCUCCAUCUCAUGUUCCCCCUCCUCCCCCAAAGCUCAAAGCCCCAGCAGCUCCAAAACUCCCGCCUCUUGACUUCGACUUCAAACCGAAGCUUCAACCCAUGAUGAAACCUAAGUUGGCCCCUGUUCAGCUCCCAUCCACUAUUUCACCCAGUCAGGCCACGCUCCUGAGCAUCCUUCAAAAGAAGAUGUUAGAAAUGGACCACAAAAUGGCCCCAGCGAACGAGGCAGAGUCCACAUCUGAUGACUGGGGCACCCCACUGCCCGAUGAGGACAAUAAUGUCCCUGUUGUCCACAGAGCCGCACCACAGAGCAAGAAUUACCCCGAGAUCAGCAAAGCAGCAACACUGAACAUGCGGGAGCUGGAGAGUAAAGUGGUCAAAAAAUAUAAGGAAACCUCUUCAGUGAAAGUUCCCACCAGCAACGGGACAGAGUCAAAACAUAAGUAUGGUAUGACCUUUACUGUUCGGCCUGGAACCAAGCAGCCCAUUUCUCUUGUCAGUAAGGGGGAUCCGUAAUGAGACAGCUGCUCUUCUGUUUAGCACACAUUGCAUGGGGUGGAAAAGCACUUUGAACAAAUGAUCCUAGCUAAUAUGUUAAGAAUGUCGCAUUGCAAUGUUCUGCAGAUUUUUGAAUGUAUUUCUCAAUCUUUGGAGAACACACUAUCACUUUCAAAUUGUGUUUUCUGAUUUGUAUUUUAUUUUUUAAGUGUCUGGUGAACCAUUUUUGUUUGGCUGCUGCUGCUUUUUAUUCAGUAUAUAGGUUAAUGUUGCAUAAUAUGUUGCCUUUUUAACCAAAGCUUUUUAUCAGUCUUCAUGCCACAUGGGUUAUAUUCAUGAGUAAAAUAAUAUUUAAAGUUAUUCAUAGCUGGUAAGUGUAUGGUGAGUGAAAAUGAAUCUACUUUACUCUCAACAAAUUUGUGACAAAGGCUUUGACAGAUAUAUCGGUAAACUUAAAAUACAAUAAUAAUGUACAGUGCAGCUAUUGUGGUUCAUGCUGCAGUUACAUGUCCCAUAACUGAAAUGAUCUUCCACUGUUACAUGAAGAUGAUGUAGGUCCACUGUAACAAAGCCAACAGUUAAUUCAGACGUGUGUUUAUCUCCCAGUAGGAUUGUUUCUCAUAUUUAUUGAUCCUGGAAAUGCUUUGCCAUCUGUAAAAUAGGUAUUCUACUGCAGUAAAUGUUGUGUCAAUGUAUCUACACUCAUCCUGUACAUAUCAGUUUAUAUAAGAUGCCAAAAGUACCUAGAUAUUGUACGAUGUAGUUUAUGUACCUUACGUUUGUACAAUCUAAAUAUUUAAAAUGUUGGUUGUAAAGUCUACACCAUCUACACCAAAUGUUGUCCAACAACUAAUCCAAAAGUAAUUGCAGUGAUUACAUGCUAUAAUAAAGGUCCUUGAGUUUUUUAGUGCACAGUAUUUAAUAAUUUUAUCAUUUGUAUUAGCAUCAAGACAUCUUCGUCACAAAAAGACAAAAGUGCAGAUGGCAUGGUACUAAUGGUUUGUGCAUAGGAAAAAUAACUGGAAUGACACUGUGGCACCAACAUAAAGAUCUUAAUAUCUUGAAUAAACUUUUCUCUUUC